UUAGUGUUGUGAAGAAAACGACUCAUAAGGUUUUGUUGGUCUUCUAUCAAAUUGAAAAGUCACAAAUUAGUCUUUAUUCUUCGUCGUUUUUUACAAGAGAGGGCCGAAAGCGCGCCUUUCGCCCUCAUUUAUAAUGUGUCCCUUAUGUCGACCCUUAUGUCGACUCCUCACAGUGUUCCGACUUAGGGUUAUGUGGUGAUGAUCGUUAUUCCUAGUUGCUGUAAUCAGAACUUGUCAUAACGCACGCAUCGACCCGUUGUUAUUUACAACAAUUAGAUUAAUAUAGCGUUUUAUUAAUAUAAUUAUGAGCUAUUAUAUCAGAUUUAAGCAACGAAAAUUUUGCACCGCACUGUAACGCAUCUGAGUGCGCCAGUCUAGAGGGCAGUUUCACGCAACACUGUACGAUCAUUUACCAGCUGUCGCUUGGUAUGGACGAACGUUUCAAACCGCACGUUUACUGCUAGUGCCAAGCAAACAACAAACCAGCCAUCCGCAAAGUACGAGGCUUUAGUUGAGACAGGAAGAAGGAGCACAUUACACCUUCAACGUUUGAAAGAGACGGCAGCAGGACAUUCGGGAAAGCUUUCGCUUUCGCGAAACACGAACUGCUCCCGAAAGCUCGUUCGUACGAAGUCGCACCAGUUUCGUCGCCUAAAGCAAGCGUGUGUAUUCAGUGCAAUCCGAUCGUUUGCGCUGUACGGAAGUGGAUGUGGUUAAGGAAUCCUGCCUGCAAGCAUCCAUUCAAAUCCCUGCCGUGGAGCAAUGUGAAAGUGUUUUUUUAUUGUUGUUGUUUGCUGUUCUUCUGUGACAUACUAACAGCCGGGUUUAGUGUUGUAACUGGGCAGGAUUAAAAGAUGUCUCGCAUGUAACCGUUCCUGGAACGAUAAUUUUGUUCAUCUUCCCCUUGGGUAACACUCCUGUCGAGACUGAGAGAAAGAGAAACCGUCUCGGUUAGGUGAAAGUGGACCACCGUCCGUACAGCUGGUAAUGCUGAUAGUGUAUUGCAUGGUAAAUAUUUACAUCCACCAACGGCACGGAGUAUUUACAUUAAGUGGCUCGUGCAGACGAUGCUCGAUGAGAUCGGGGUUUAAGUAAUCGACAUUUCCGAUCUGCGUGCGUGAGUGCGAUUGUGUGUCAAGCGAUAGUCCUGCCUCGCUAGGACCGUAGUCGAUGAUGUAACAAGAACCAUGUGCAUGGGAAGAGCAACGAUAAGUGCAGUGAAACGAAAUGUAACGAAUGGGUAAUAGUGGUACAUACUUCUACCAACACACGCACCCACCACCAAGCACACGAGUUCGCGUGAAAUCAGCUUAAACUUAGCUGCACGAAUUGGUCCAUUUCCACCGUCGCGGCCACCAUCGCGGAAACAGCUGUUUAGAUAAAGUUCAUCCUCUGGGGAGGAGGGCUUUAAUUGGACGUUCAGCGCAGAAAAUACGCCACCCAGGACCAGAACGUGCCAAACGUGUCCAGUCGGAAACGGUACCCAGUUUGCCAUCCUGGCCGUUUGUUACGGAUCGCGAAACGCGAAGUAUUUCACUCAUCAGACUAGCGAGAUAGUCUCUGCAUUCCUUUGGGAUAUUCGUUACGAGUCUAUCGAAAUUCGCAGCCAGUAUGGUGUUUGUAAGCUCGGCCGUGCUCGGUGCAGCCGCCGGUACCGGCCUAGCCCUGCUGGUAGCCGUCACGAUCGUCAUGUACCGGUACUACGUGGUACGCCGAAAGGGUAAAGAAUGGGCCGAGCUGGACCGGUUGGAAGAGAAAAAGGCGGCCCGGAAGAUCAAUCUACAGGACUGUAACGUGUCCAGUGGUUCGGUACCGGUACAGCCAGCUAGCAGUGUCGUUCAUCAUUCGAUUAGCUCGGAAACGCUCGGCACUGGUCCGGUGGAAGUAACACCCAGUCCACUGCAACCACCGCUCGCGGCGGUAGGAUCGACAAAAAAAUCGUACGGCACCGGUGACACACGCGGAGGGUCCGGCUAUCGUCCGUCACAUCCUGCGACUUCCGCUGGCUCACGCAACAACAGCAUGGAGAGUGUCCAUUCGAGAAGUUCGAGCUACCGAGAGAGUGUGCCAAAAUUUAUGACACACGCCAACAGUGACACACGCUCAACUACUUCCGAUAAUCUUAUCUUGAGGAAAUCUCGUUCACCCAGCCCCAUGCGUACAUUCAGUCUGGAGGGACGCUUUCCCAUCGGUGCCACAAAUAAUGCUGGUGCCGUCGGAUUAACGGACGGUAUGGAACGUGGCAGCAAAGCUAGUCUUGCUUCGGUCGUUAGCAGUGGUGUUCCGCGCGAGUUCAACUCACCCAAGAAACGUAACAGCACGUUCUCGGGCGUAGUGUCACUGGCGGGUGACGCGAACGCCCCAGACAGCCCUAUCGGUUCCAUCCGGUCUGAUAGCAGCCGUUCGCCCCGAAGACGUGUUCCGGUGAUUUUGGCAGCGAAUGACAUCCACUCCGUACUGGGACGCUUUCAUCUACGGUUGAAGUACGAUGGCGGCAAGGAAGAACUGUUGGUACAUUUGGUUGAGGCACAAGAUCUAACGCCUGCUGGAGAUACGGGAUUUCGUGAUCCGUACGUAAAGAUGUUCCUGGAGCCGGACGAUGAGCAACGGACGCAACAGACGGCGGUCCAUCGAACUGAAACGCAUCCGUACUUUGAUCAGCAACUCUCAUUCCCACUGAAACCUCGCAACCUAGUCAAGAGCAACUUUGUGCUGCAGCUGUUGGAUUACGAUCGGUUUUCGCAUGAUGAAGUCAUCGGUGAGAUACGCUUCCUGCUGAACACACUGGACCUGUCCGGUUGCGAGCUGUGGGGGGAUUUGAUCGCCGUUCGCAAACCUUCCGAUUCAACAGCCGAACUACUAAUCUCGCUCAGCUAUCUGCCCCAAGCCGAGCGGCUCACGGUGGUUGUGAUGAAGGCCAAAAAUCUAUCCAUCUCCCACGAACCGUUCGUUAAGCUGUAUCUGCUGGUUAAUGAUAAGCGCACGAAAAAACGCAAAACCAGUGCAAUACGUGCGCUAGACCCAACCAAUCCGAUCUGGAAUGAAGCGUUCACGUUUGAGUUGCCAUCGUCACAGCUGCAGGACGCCGGUGUCGAACUGUUCGUAACGUCCAACGAAGCCGAGGGACAGGAUCUGGGUUGUGGGGUGGGUUUGCGUGAAGGUGGUAGCGGCACGCUGCACUGGCAGGAUCUGAUGCAGAACAAUCGUAAACCCAUCGCCAUGUGGCACGUUCUUCGAUAAGAUGCCGGUGGCAAAUGUGCGACACACGACACAUAAAACGAAGUCACCGAAAAAGGGAUAAACGAAACGAUCCAGCUGGGAAUUGGGCAAACAAAAACGAAAACGAUGUUGAGACAUAAAGGGAGCUAAAAAGAUAUAUAAAGGACACAAGGAUGUAACGGGGACUUGAAAAAAAAAAACGAACCAUCCCAUAAAAACCAAAGAGGUAACUAACCGGCCAAGUACCAGGGCCAGUUGACACAGCGAUUCUUUUUAAAGCUUGUUUUGUAUUGUAGAUCACAUAAUGUUACUGCAUAAAUGCAGGCGAAUAUUUCCCACCAAGCAGUUCGCCCUGGAAAGUAUGCAAUCUGCAUAGAAGAACUGUCUUACUAACACUGGUUCAAGGUGCUGGUCAAAUAUGGCGCCGAGAAAAAGAGUUGUCCUUAAAAAACUCAAAUUCUAUUUACUCCCAUCAUUCUACUCUUUCUGUGUUUUGAGUAAGGAUCGGUUACAUCCCGUAGAAGAGUACAAGUCGUAAUCUUGAUUAUAAUCUGAAUCUUUCCAGCCAAAGAUGACAGAUUGCAGAACACAAAAAGAAACAUUUCAAAAUAGUAUUAAACUUGUUUCGAAUAUUUUUAUUUGUAUCUUGUAAGGGAAAGAAAUGAGAGAAUUGUUGUUUUUUUGAUACAUUUUAAUUCGUUACCAUACAUCAAAUGUGAAGGUUUCAAAUAUCAAUGCACAGCAGGAUAAUUGUUGAAAUGUUAGUAUUUACUUAAUUGAAAAAGGGUAUAACAUGUAGUUCUCCUUAUUCUUUCCACCGUUUAAGUUGCUAUAUCGAGAGCUGAGUUGAGCAUAUGCAAAGAAAACACCGUUGUAAAUUGUAGACUGAUGAAAAGUAAAAACUUUAUUGAAAUGUAAUGGAAGGAAAUGAAGAUAAAGCGAAGAAACAUAUUUAUUCAGCUCAAGUGUAUUACUAACAAGCAUAAAACUAGAGUGAACAACAAGAUACCAAAAAAACAAAAUAACAACAAAAAAUGGCAAAAUGUAACUAAAUUUAUAAAAAAAGAAACAAACAAGCUCACGAUAUUGAGGGAACAUAAGAUAAAUUAUCGCUUUGUCUACGGUGCGGUACAAAAACAAGACCUAUCUAACGAAAAUGGAGCUUAACACAAGGCAGUUAAACGAAAGCUUAUAACUAACUAAAGAAAAUCACAAAAGUGAAAGCAUGAGCGUAUAUUUAUGUAUAAUAUUUUAAACCAAAUAUCCAAACAAAGGAAAAAAACGGAGAAAACUUCAAAAAAAGAACAUUAUGAAAUGGGCAACAAAAAAAGAACAACAAAAUACACAAAACACAAACGCUUCUAACACACACAAAGUAUAAAUGUUUUAUAUGCCGUACUGAAACGAAUUAGACUUGAAAACAAAACAAAAAAAACCAAAGAAAAAACAAAUUAAAACUAAAAUGUAACAGUUUGGUGACUGAUGGAAGUAAAAGAGAAAAAAAACUAUUACAAACGAAGAAGAUAACACAAACAAAUAUGAAAACUAAAUGUGUCCUACAUUAAAUUCUACUGUAGUACCAAGUCAAAUUUGUACGUAUUCGUAUGAUUAUACAACAAAAAAAAAAACACAUGGCACUAUUUAUAUGCGUAUUGGUAACAUUUAUACACUAAUCUAAAGGUUAUGAUAUGAUCAUAUAAAACAAAAGAAAAGAAAAAAACGACAGCGGAACUAAGCUGCCCUCGGUGUCUGUAUUAAAUAUGGAACCGAGAGCAUGUCCACCGGUUAGAUGGCGCUAUAAAAGUAUAUUUUGUCGGAACCAGCACUGUUACAACCUUACCUAUCCGUAGAAGCAAACCACCAGAUAAAAGCGCUCGACAGUUUGGAAUAUUAUUAACCCAAUUAUAAAUAUGGUACCUUUUUGUCGAAUGAUUAGAAUGCAAAGCAUCGCAACCACAAUGCAACCAGGAAAUAAAAUAAUACGACCAGAAUGGACUUCAAAUGCUCAUAAUACACCCUCUGUAGUGGCGGGUGGUGUGGUGCUGCUGUAAUUAACAACUCAAUUAGUCAAAGACCGGCCACCAGGGUUGGUUGUUUCGUCUCAUUCCAUCAUAUCAGUAACAUUCCUAGCGAACCGCAAGUUUACAAAACGCCUAAAAAAAGGAAGGAAUAUAUAAUUCCUUAAUAUAAUUAUUAUUCGACGUCUAUUUACCUACCUGAUUGCACUUAAUCCAAUACCCAAAGGUGUGAACAAAACCCCUUUGCAUGUAUCUUCCUGGCACGUAAAUAAUCCUUAAGCCUCGUAGUGUUAAUACACUGCCCCGAAGUGUGGAUCUUUGCAGCAUGUUCCCACGCCCGAACUUUAAGCUACGUGCUUUUGCCCUACCGUAACGGUACUGGAUACGUUUAAGUUUCCCCUAAAAUCCAAUUCUUUUUACUCACACUUAACAAACAAAAAAAAGUUGCACCUUCCUUUCAAUGCACCGAAAACUAUCGUGACAUAACUGUCACGUUCAAAACAAUUGCGGAUAAUAGGAAACUUACAAGACAGAUAUAAGGCAUCCCCGGGGAAAGAUUAUUCUGAGCAAAGCAGCGCAAGGUGAAAAAUAUUGGAUUUUCAAUAAAAAAAAUCGAAUAAACACACACAAACAACAA